GCGGCGGGAGAGCAGAUCCUCGCGGGACUUGAGGAAACCUUGUUAGAGUCCGAGGAGCGAGUGGAGCGGACCGAGCUGGAGAUCUGCCGCCAGAGGAGGCUGCUCGAUGCCGUGAUGCAGCCCGAAGUCCGGCUGCACAGAGCAGUGUGUCCUGCAGAUGUCCAGCAAGUGAUGGUGAUUAAAGAAGAGGUUUCCUCUGAGGAGCAGCUGUGGAGCCCCCUUGUGGACCAGGAGGACCCAGAGCCCCACCACAUUAAAGAGGAACAGGAGGAUCCGUGGACCAAUCAGGUUGGACAGCAGCUUCAAGGACUGGAGGAGCCUGAUAUCAAGUUCACAUUGACUCCUGUCGCUGUGAAGAGUGAAGAAGAUGAAGAGAAACUUAAAUCGUCAACGCUUCAUCCGAGUGAGACGAAGGAGAACAGAUCGGACUGUGGAGGACCAGAACCAGCCAGGAACUCAGGUCCUGGUGGACGUUUACAACUGAUGGUGAUUAAAGAAGAGGUUCCCCCUGAGGAGCUGCAGUGGAGCCCCCUUGUGGACCAGGAGGACCCAGAGCCCCCCCACAUUAAAGAGGAACAGGAGGAUCCGUGGACAAAUCAGGAUGGACAGCAGCUUCAAGGACUGGAGGAGCCUGAUAUCAAGUUCACAUUGACUCCUGUCGCUGUGAAGAGUGAAGAAGAUGAAGAGAAACUUAAAUCAUCAAAGUUUCAUCCGAGUGAGACGAAGGGGAACAGAGCGGACUCUCGAGGACCAGAACCAGCCAGGAACUCAGGACCUGGUGGAUGUUUACAACCACGUCCUGAGGACAAGACUGACUCUUCUGAGACUGAAGUCAGUGAGGAUGAUUGGAUGGAGACCAGGGAAACUCAGACAGGUUUAAAUACAAGAAAUAACAAACAGCCUCCAAGUGAUAUGGGAUGUAAGACAGAAAAACCGUUUAGUUGCUCUGAGUGUGGUAAAAGAUUUAAACAUAGGGGCAAUCUAAAUAUACAUAUGAGGCUUCAUACAGGAGAGAAACUAUUUAGUUGCUCUGAGUGUGGCAAAAUAUUUAACAAAAGAUCAAAUCUAAAUACACAUAUGAUGACUCAUACAGGAGAGAAACUAUUUAGUUGCUCUGAGUGUGGCAAAAUAUUUAACAUAAGAUCAAAUCUAAAUACACAUAUGAUGACUCAUACAGGAGAGAAACCGUUUAGUUGCUCUGAGUGUGGUAAAAGAUUUAACAAAAGAUCAAAUUUAACUAGACAUAUGAUGACUCAUACAGGAGAGAAACCGUUUAGUUGUUCUGAGUGUGGUAAAACAUCUAACCACAGGUCACAUAUUAAUGCACAUAUGAGGAUUCAUACAGGUGAGAAACCGUUUAGUUGCUCUGAGUGUGGUAAAACAUUUAACCACAGAUCACAUCUAAAUUCACAUAAGAAGAGUCAUACAGGAGAGAAACCGUGCAGUUGCUCUGAGUGUGGUAAAAUAUUUAACCAAAGGUGCGAUCUAAAUACACAUAUGAGGAUUCAUACAGGUGAGAAACCGUUUAGUUGCGCUGAGUGUGGUAAAGGAUUUAUCCAAAGGUCAACUCUAAAUACACACAUGAGAAUUCAUACAGAUGAGAAACCGUUUAGUUGCUCUGAGUGUGGUAAAAGAUUUAAGCGAAGGAGCGAUCUAAAUAGACAUGUGAGGAUUCAUACAAGAGAGAAACAGUUUAGUUCCUCUGAGUGUGGUUAAAGAGUUAAAGGAGACAUAUUAUGCCCAUUUUACCGCAGUUGAUAUGGUUCAUUGGGGUCUUAAUGAAAUGUCUGUAACAUAUUUUGGUCAAAAUACCACAAGGAUCACUUAAAACAGCACCCUUUUUACAACAGCCCUCAGAUUGACCUGUUUUGAGUGCCCCGCCCCCCUCUCACCCCCCUCACCUCUCCUUCACGAGAUACAGAGACCCAGAUUUUUAGCUAUCCAUUACCUCUGUAGAAAUAUGGCUACUGGAGACGACGAUACAAUCUUGCAACCAUAUCGUUUUGAACCAGAGUCAGGUGGGACGGUUUUUGGGACGGUAGCAAUGCUAGAGCCCAAAAUUAAUUUGUAGAAGCACUACAAAAGUGGAAUUUUCAUAAUAUGACCCCUUUAAGAUUCAGUCCUAUUGUACGAUACUUGAGGAUUAAUAAAGGAGAGAAGUGAUUCAGUUGCAACUUUUGCAACAAAAGAUUUAUUAGGAUAUAUCAGCAGAUAUUCAUAUUAUACAUAUUCAUAGUUCACUGUUUUAAGUAGACUAUUAACAGUUUUA